AUGUACUCGACACAACACGGCGUUAUAGCUGGCCCUCCUCAGGGUCGUUCGGUAGCUCCGGAGACGUUCCUCCUCGACCAGGAUGCCCAAAAGAGCUUGCCGCAAGACUCGAUAGUCGCUCUGCAGCAAGUCGACAACCUCAAGUACUUUUUGAUCUCGGCGCCCGUCGACUGGUCUCCGGAUCAGUACAUCAGACGCUUCCUGCUACCCACUGGCGAAUACGUCUCUUGUGUGCUCUGGAGCAACCUCUUCCACAUCUCUGGUACCGACAUUGUACGAUGCCUGUCUUUUCGCUUCCAGGCCUUCGGCCGUCCGGUUAAGAACUCAAAGAAGUUUGAAGAGGGCAUCUUCUCGGAUUUGCGAAACCUCAAGUCUGGCACUGACGCUUCGCUGGAAGAGCCCAAGAGCCCCUUCCUCGACUUUCUGUACAAGAACAACUGCAUCCGCACCCAGAAGAAGCAAAAGGUCUUUUACUGGUACAGUGUGCCGCACGACCGUCUGUUCCUCGACGCGCUGGAACGCGACCUCAAGCGCGAGAAGAUGGGCCAGGAAGCCACAACCGUCGCCGUCAGCGAGCCAGCCCUCUCGUUCGAGUUCGACUCGAGUCAGUCGCUGUUCGAGCAGCUCACCAAGGCCCAGCAGACCAACAGCUCGACCUUCGCAAACAACGUACCAGCAACGUCGGGCCCAAUGGCAGCAAACACAAUGGCGGCGGCAGCAGGAGCUCCUGCGCCAAUGAAUCCUCCAGCAACAACGGCCGAGUCGAUGGGACCACCAGUGGGGGCUAUGAUGCAGCCAACAAGUAUGCCCCUAACGAUGCCUUCGGAGGAAAUGUUGACGCAGAUGCCAACGUACCAGCAGAUGGCCAUGCAAGCGCCCUUGCCAGCCCAGGUGCACAAGACGCGUGAACAGAGCUGCGGGCCCAUCAUGCACUACGAACGCGCCAUGAACGCCGCCGCCCGCCACAGCAGCAUGCCCGCCUACAUGGAAUACUCGCCCGCGCCGUCAUUCGUCUCGUCACACUUUGAGGACUACAGCCAGCGCGGCCUCAGCUACGAGCCCAUCACGCCUCCCCAGCCCCAGAUGCAGCAGCAGUCCCACCAUGAGCCUGCCUAUAUCGCCAACGAGGAGACGGGCCUUUACGCCGCCAUGCCCGACCCGGGAAUGUCGCAGUACUACAAUCCACUGAUGCCCGUUGCCCAGCCCAUGGCAGCUCCCCAAUAUUCCUCGAUGAUGCGCCCUUUGCACCACUUCNCCUCCGCGCUCGAGGGCUCGCCCACGUACAAGCAGCGCAGACGUCGCUCGUCCCUGACCCAGCAACCACCCAACUCGACUUCCCAGAGCGUCACGUCGCACGCCGUCCAUCGUCCCAGCGAUCUGCGUCACUCGUCUGUCCCUGUCCACGAUGUCGAUCCCGUCUACCACGACUCGCCAAGAGGAGCCACCCCUGUGCGCCAGCAGAAGGAAUACUCGCGUCAUGCCACCCCCGUCGACGACUCGAUGCCCAUGGGCCAGGACGAGUACGCACAAGCAUAUCCUGGAGACCAGUACCGCCCCGUCAACUACGCCCAGGCUGCCGUCAUGCGCACUCCCAACGGUGUCUUCCGUCGCGCCCGCAGCGCCACCGUCCAGGACAUGAACAACCCUUAUCCCUCCAAAUCCCAUUCGUGUCCCAUCCCCAUGUGCGGCAGGGUCUUUAAGAGGCUAGAGCACUUGAAGCGACACGUCCGUACCCACACGUCGGAACGCCCCUACGUUUGCCCGCUCUGCAACAAGGCCUUCUCCCGCUCCGACAACCUCGCCCAGCACCGUCGUACCCACGACGCAAAUCCCGAUGGCACCAGCUUCCCCGAAGAAGACUUGGAAGAGCCCGAAGAGGGCAUUGACCUCUCCGAAGGCGAUGUGAACGACUCGUACAUUCCCAUGCCUGGCAUGCCAUCUGAAAUGCACGGCGACAUGNGGCCUCCUCCCCCACACAUGCACAUGAGCCACAUCUCGCGCGACCACAUGGACCCUCACCACAUGGACCCUCACCAUAUGGAGCCCCACCACAUGCAACAUUCCAUGCCUCAGGGUAUCGUCUCGACCGGCGCCGAGUACCAAUGA